AUGUCAACGAAUACCAAAUUGCAAUCGCAGGUAUUGGGGAUCCCCAUAGACACGAUCCGGUUGUUACUACAGGUGCUUAUUUUUGUGUCUGUGGCAGGAGCAGCCAUUUCCUCCCGACUCUUUUCUGUCAUUCGAUUUGAGUCUAUUAUCCACGAGUUCGACCCGUGGUUCAACUUCAGAGCCACCAAAUAUUUGGUGACCCACUCGUUCUACGACUUCUUGAACUGGUUCGACGACAGAACGUGGUACCCAUUGGGUAGAGUUACGGGUGGAACUCUCUACCCGGGUUUGAUGGUAACGUCAGGUGUCAUUUGGCACGUUUUAAGAGACUGGUUCAGCUUACCCAUUGACAUUAGAAACAUCUGUGUGAUGUUGGCGCCGGCGUUCUCGGGGUUGACGGCCAUUGCCACGUACGCGUUGACGACCGAGAUGAAGGACUCGAACGCCGGGUUGUUGUCGGCUAUUUUCAUGGGAAUUGCGCCUGGAUACAUUUCCAGAUCAGUAGCAGGUUCCUACGAUAACGAGGCUAUUGCUAUCACCUUGUUGAUGGCGACGUUUGCCUUCUGGAUCAAGGCCCAGAAACAGGGUUCGGUCUUGUACGGCACUUUAACGGCGUUGCUCUACUUUUACAUGGUGAGUGCUUGGGGUGGGUAUGUUUUCAUCACCAACUUGAUUCCUUUGCAUGUGUUUGUGUUGAUCUUGAUGGGUCGGUAUAACCACCGGUUGUACACGUCAUACUGCACCUGGUACGCUAUUGGAACUUUGGCGUCGAUGCAAAUUCCGUUUGUGGGAUUCUUGCCCAUUAGAUCCAAUGACCAUAUGGCCGCAUUGGGGGUGUUUGGCUUGAUUCAAUUGGUGGCCUUUGGUGACUAUGUCAAGUCUCAGAUCACCGAAAAGGCCUUCAAAACCUUCUUGGUGGUCUCAAUUGCCUCCAUUGUGCUGUUGGGAUUGGGUGGUUUGGUGGGUUUAACGGCCUUGGGAUGGAUUGCUCCAUGGACUGGUCGGUUCUACUCGUUGUGGGACACUAGCUACGCCAAGAUUCAUAUUCCCAUCAUCGCCUCGGUGUCAGAACAUCAGCCCACUGCCUGGCCGGCAUUUUUCUUUGACACUUCCUUCUUGAUCUGGUUGUUCCCAGCUGGAAUCUACUUAUGUUUCCAAGAAUUGAAGGAUGAGCAUGUAUUUGUGAUCAUCUACGGGGUGUUGUGCUCGUACUUUGCCGGGGUGAUGGUCAGAUUGAUGUUGACCUUGACUCCGGUGAUUUGUGUGUGUGGAGGUAUUGCCGUGUCCAAGUUGUUCGAUGCAUACUUGGACAUCUCAGACCUUUUCACCGGUGAGGUGGUGGAAGAAGAUUCUAAAAAGAAGGGCUCCAAGAAGAAACCAGCCUCUUCGGCCACCAUCUUCAAGAUUUUGUCGAAGGUGUUGGUAUUGACGUCGUUCGCCUACUACUUGUUCUACUUUGUAUACCACUGUACCUGGGUCACUAGCAACGCCUACUCCUCGCCUUCGGUGGUGUUACCUUCCAGAAACCCGGACGGAUCUCCCACCAUCAUUGAUGACUACAGAGAAGCCUACUACUGGUUGAGAAUGAACACUCCUGAAGAUGCUAAGGUGAUGUCCUGGUGGGAUUAUGGUUAUCAGAUCGGUGGAAUGGCCGACAGAACCACUCUCGUUGACAACAAUACCUGGAACAACACCCACAUUGCCACCGUUGGUAAGGCUAUGUGCUCGUCAGAAGAAGUGUCCUACGAGAUCUUGAAGAAACAUGAUGUGGACUACGUAUUGAUUAUUUUUGGAGGGGUCAUUGGGUUCUCGGGUGACGACUUGAACAAGUUUUUGUGGAUGAUUCGAAUCUCCGAAGGUAUCUGGCCCGAUGAGGUUCGUGAACGGGACUUUUUCACCGAUAGGGGUGAAUACAAAGUUGACCAAUCUGCAACCGAAACCAUGAAAAACUCCUUGAUGUACAAGAUGUCGUACUACCGAUUCCACGAUUUGUUCAAUGGUAGAGAUGGUAUUGACAGAGUUAGAAGUCAAACCAUCCCUAUUGCCAAUGCACCCGAAUUAAGUGUGGUGGAAGAGGCUUUCACAUCUACAAACUGGAUCGUGAGAAUUUACAAGGUCAAGGAUUUAGACAACUUGGGUAGAGAUUUGAAACAAGUGUCUGCUGGCUCCAAGACCAAGAAGUCUAGAAUCAUCAAGAAACCUAAAAUAUCCUUGCGUGAGUAG